AUGCCAUCCACAACCCCCCUGCCCAACUGGGCCAGCAGCCUAGGCCUCCCACUCCCUACAUCCCACGACUCCGCCUGGGCUCUCCUUGAAGGCCUCGAACUUCACCUCAACGCCAUUCUCGACGCCGGUGGGAAGACACCCAACGACACUUACGUGGAGAAGCUCAGCGGCGAGAUCGAAUCCGGUCUCCCCAUAUUACGCGUAAUAUGGAAGCGACGGUGUGACUUCAACAUCGUCAACUUCCCCCCCCUGCUCGACUUCGCACCAGGGGCGUUGAGCACGCGGUACUUCUACCGCGUAGCAAUGGGCUCACUCGCAGCGGAGCGCAAGAAGUGGAGGACAACCACUCGCGGUAUUGAGAACACGGUAGCCGUCGACGCCUGGUGGACGCCACAGCGACGGCAGUCAAGUCGGCUCCGCACCAUGGAGGUGGGCGGCGCUGAGAAUGCCGCAGCCAACCUCAUCGCUGCCUUCGGCAAGCGGUGCCACGACGAUUCUGCUGAUGCCAACGGGCGGCGGCAGAAGCGAGGUCGGCAGGAAGCCCACGACGAGGAAGAGUACGUCCCUGAAGUGGGGAGUAUGGAUAUCGAUGAUCCCGAAGGAGAACGGAAUGGGAGUGGAGAGGGGCAGGGUGGCAGGGCAGAAGAGGCAGGCGAGGGGGACGAACAAGAGGGGGACGAGGAGGGCGAAACGGCAGCGAGUGGGCGGUUGGCGAUGCGCCCGCUGGACAAGGCGAGGCGCCGGGCGGCAGAGCGGCAGGGCAAGACACCCGCGACCAAAGCAAAGAGAAAGCCGCAGGCACACAACCCUCCCGCCUCCGAGAACCCGAAGGAGACCGACAUCCUGGUCUUCCUCUUCGCCAGCGAUGACCCUGCUGAAGACAACCGUUGCAUGGCAUGUUGGGUGCACAACGUCGCGUGCUUUCACAAGCCUGGGUACGCUUGUACCCCGUGCGCGAAAGUGCAUGGCGCUUGCAACCUCCCCAAGGACAGAGUUGGUUCGCGAAGCAAGGAGCAGACAGCUGCCAAGGUCCAGGCAAGGGAGGACACGCAGAAGAAGGCCCGCGAGGAGGCAAAGCGAGAGGCAAGGAGACGCGGGACGCUGCCGGUCCCGGCAGGGUCAAAGUGUCUCGCUGGCACCCAUAACAUGGUGCCUGAGGCCAAGCGGCAGAGGCUGAUGCCAGGGUCAGAUAACGAGAGCGACGAGGAGGAUGGAGGUGCCGGGCAUCGCGACCGCUCUCCCACACCCGCACCGCACAAAUACGGGCCCUUCUUGAACCACCCCAGCCCAGAGCCCUCCGAUACAGAGGGGUUGACACCGCCUCUGCGUCUGGGCGAGGCUGCGCCCACAAGUCCGGAACAGGACGAACCGGCAGCUUCUCCUGCCGAUUCAACCUCGUUGCCCUCCCAUGCUCCCCUGGCGCCCCGGCAGAAGCGCCAACUGUUACCCGUCACAGAUGCUAAGCUUCAACUGCUUGAUCAGUUGGAGCAAGCACUCCUCGAGCUCAACAUUGGCAGGCGCAAGUAG